UGCGAGGAAUAAAAACUCUAGUUGAAAGUUUAAGCUUAUUAGGGGUUACGAAUUUGUAGCCACAAAACUUUUCGCUGGUCAUCAUUCAUUUGGUCCAAGUCUUGUUGGUAAAUUUAUUGCAGACAAGACUGGUUCCAACAAGAACUUCAAAUCAAGAACUUCAAAUCAAAAAGCAGUUGAGCCACAAUACUAAUUAUAAUAAUUAAGUAGCAGCAGAGAGCUUUUGUUCGCUUCCAUGGCUAAUGCUACUACCAUAAUCUUCCUCAUAAUUCUCUUUGCACCAUUGUUUCAAACAGUUAGAGUACAAGCUCAACAACAAACACAAAAACACUCAAAUAUAAGCCUGGGUUCCUCUCUAACCCCCAUCACCAACCCCUCAUGGUUGUCACCCUCCCGUCUCUAUGCCUUCGGAUUCUACCCGGAACGCAAUGGCUAUCUUGUAGGAGUCUUCAUUGUUGGAAUUCCAGAAAAGACCGUAGUUUGGACAGCCAAUCGCGGCAACCCUCCGGUCCCAGGCAAUGCAACCUUGGCCUUAACCAGUGAAGGAAGCCUCAUUCUGCAGCAACCGCAAACCCAAAACAUUUCCAUCGCUGGUAUUACCCAACCUGCAUCUUCAGCUUCCAUGCUCGACUCGGGCAACUUUGUACUCUAUGAUUCUAAUCACAAGAUAAUCUGGCAGAGCUUUGAUUCUGCAACAGAUACCCUUUUGCCAGGCCAGAUUUUGUUGUCAGUACCCGACUUGAUUUCCAGUGUUUCAGAAACUGACCACUCCACGGGAAAUUAUCGUUUCGGGCUGCUACCGGAUGGGAACCUCGUCUCGCUUCCGCAGUCUGGAAUAGCGUUGCAAUAUGUUUACUGGCAAUCAGGCACUACUGGAAGUGGAGAUAAUUGCACAUUGAAUCUAGACGUUGAUGGCCAUCUCUACAUUCUCAAUGCAACAGGCAAUAAUAUACACAAUGUAACUGAUGCAGAACCACCUACAAAGGAAGCUAAGAUUUAUAUGGUGAGACUUGACGUGGACGGAAUUGUCAGAGCUUAUUCACAUACGUUGGAUUCGAAUGGUAAAUGGUCGAUUUGGUGGAAUUCUACUAUGAAUAAGUGCGAUCCUUUAGGUCAAUGCGGCUUUAAUGGGUUCUGUGUUCUACGGGAUACCAAUGCUGAUUGUAAAUGUAUUCCGGGAUUCACUUAUGUUAAUCCAGGCAAUUGGGCUUCCGGAUGCGUGAGAAAUUUCACUAUAGAAAGUUGCAACAAGACGGGUGGUGAUGGCAAUGGCAAUACUAGAAACAUCAUAACAGCAUUGCAAAACACCGUAUGGGACGAAAGUUCAUAUUCCACGCUACAGUUGAGUUCUAGACAGGAAUGUGAAGAUGUUUGUCUUCAGGAUUGCAAUUGCGAAGUCGCACUAUACAAAGACGGGCAAUGCAAAAAACAAAGGCUUCCUUUGAGAUAUGGAAAAAGAAAUCUGGACGAUACAAACGUUGCAUUGAUCAAGGUGGGUACAUCUGAUGAACCUAUCACGAAAGCUAUUCCAGGAGCUCAAGAUAAUCCACCCAUGAAAGCAAAGAAAAAGUUGCAUGUGGACAUCCUAAUCAUUGGUAUUUCACUUAGUGCCUUAGGCUUGAUGGUGUUGGCAAUUUCAGGAGUCCUUGUGUACAAAAAUCAUGUCUUCUUGGCAUACAAAAAGAUCGUUGAUGAAAAAUGGAAUCUUGAAUUGGGUGAGGAAGUUGCUCUCCGAACUUUUACUUUGGCAGAGUUAGAGCAAGUUACAAAUGGAUUCAAGGAGGAAUUGGGUAGAGGAGCAUUUGGGACUGUUUUUAAAGGGAUCAUAUCAUACAACUCUAAGGAUGUAGCUGUGAAGAGACUAGAUAAAGUGUUAACAGAGGGCGAAAGAGAAUUUCAGACAGAAAUAAAAGUGAUUGGGAGAACCCAUCAUCGAAACUUAGUCCACCUAAUUGGUUAUUGCCUUGAGGGACCUCAUAGGCUUUUGGUAUACGAGUACAUGAGGAAUGGAUCACUUGCAGAUUUCAUCUUCACACUCGAAAACCGGCCAAGUUGGCAAGAAAGGAUUGGAAUUGCUCUCGAUGUUGCCAGAGGGAUACUCUACUUGCAUGAAGAGUGCGAGACACAAAUCAUUCAUUGUGAUAUAAAACCCCAAAAUAUUCUUAUGGACGAGCAUAGGCGUGCCAAAAUCUCUGACUUUGGCUUGGCAAAGCUUUUGAAGCCAGACCAAACAAACACUUUCACGGCGAUUAGAGGAACAAGGGGUUAUGUCGCGCCUGAAUGGCAUCGGAAAUUGCCAGUAACGGUUAAAGUUGAUGUUUAUAGCUUUGGAGUUAUGCUUUUAGAGAUCAUAUGUUGUCGCAAGUGUUUGGAGUUGAGCCUUUCCGAGGAAGAAAUUAUCCUUCAAGAAUGGGUUUAUGAUUGUUUUGAGGCCAAUGAGCUUGGUAAACUAGUGGGUGAUGAAGAGGUUGACAAGAGAAAAUUAGAGAGAAUGGUUAAAGUAGGGCUUUGGUGUAUUCAGGAUGAGCCAUCACUUCGUCCUCUAAUGAAGAAAGUUAUGCUGAUGCUGGAAGGGACCGUAGACAUCCCAGUGCCUCCUAAUCCUACUUCCUUUCUAAGUGCUAUAUAAACCUUUUUUAUAGGGAGGCAGAUUGUCCAGUGUAUACAUUUGUGGACUGGACAGUGUAGUUAUACUCGCGGGACAUACCGCAGCUCCCAUUCCGAUGAUCCAUUUUGUUAUUAUUGAUAUUUUUGUUGCAUUAAGAAUGUAUCAAUUACCUAAAGCUGCAAAUAUUGCCAAUUAGGAUUCCACAUGUUUGUUGUAGAGAUGAAAUCGUAUACACCUGAGUGUAAUGUUUUGAUUUCUUGUCACUGAGUUUGAGAAAUGUAGUUUCAAUGAAGUUUGUUGUGUAUUUU